AUGGAGACGAACAACGAAGGCGAUGGCAACGAUGAAAAAGCCGACGGGGCUGUCGAAAGUACAAAACCACGAGUCCGACUGCCAGUAAUGACACAAGGAAUCAUCAAUCCCGUGGCUAUUACACAGCUUCAAGAUGAACUUGAGGAUACCAAGAAGAAAUUGGAUAGGCUGCAAGCAACACGGAUGCUUUCAGAGGACGAGAUGAUUCUGCCGAAGAGGAUGAGACUGUCGAGAUUGAUAGGGGUGUUUCCAAUUGUGAGAGAUCAGAUUAAUUUUAGAACGAAUCAGAGGUUGAACAAUGUCUGCGAAGAAUACGAGACCAAAAUCAAGCGAUCAAAAGAUGAACAUCAUGACAAGCAUUUAAGAGACAUGGCAAUCGUGCGAGAGAUGGAAUCGAAAUUAUUCAAGGCUGAAGAAAGGCUGGAUUCGGUGGGAAUGAUUGCAAGGGUGCACCCAAAUGCGCCGGUUGGUGAGGUCUGGUCAAAGAUUCAGAAUGGCACUUACGAUCCGUUAAAAAAGGGUCCCGUUGAGCCAAAACCCAUCUACAAAUCAGGGCGAAAUACUCAGCCUCAAGCCUCACGCACAAUGACUUCUGACACUCUUACCUCCAAUGAUCCCUUUCGGAAUAACAGAUGGGCAAACAGCGAUGGUCGGAAAAGGGAAUACGAUGAGCCUGCAAAUGGGGAAUCCAGCGAAGGUUCCAAGAGAUCCAAGACAGCGUAA